UCCCAUGAGAGGCGUCUUCUCUCCUAUGUGAGAGGCAUUUGUUCGAGUUUAUGCAAUAGAGAGAUUCAAUCAACUUCUUCUUCUAUCUUUUGAGAGUUGUUUGUUUUUUUCUUUUCUGUAGAUUUAUCUUGCAGAUCCGAUCGUAGUGCGUUAUUUUUGUGGGUUAUAGUUGUCAAGGUUAUUAGGGUUAGGGUUAGGUUUUGCCUUACACUUAGUGCCGUCCUGCUAUUAUUUGUUUCAUGCCCUUCCGUUUCUAUUGUUUUCUCUCCUUUCGUCUAUUAUUAUUAUUUGUUCUCUUUGUACCUUCUUUGUUUUCUUUCUUCCAGAUUUUUGCCUCGUCGCCGUCGAAACCCUGCUCAGUGUGCUUUUUCACCAGUCAACCUCGUCUGUGAAAGGAUGGAUGGUAUUGUGGAGAAUCUGGCUCAGAAGUUCUCUCUUACGCUUGAGGAGGAAGAUGGAAUUGUAGUAACUCAGACUCUCACGGACCCUAGAGCUGCGGGUCAAGGUAUGUCACUGGUGGGCAGAAUUGUUACAACAAAAGAAAUCUCCUUCCAUACAAUAAAAUCGAAUGUUACGAGGUUGCUACAACCGGUGAAAGGCUGCUCAUUCUCUCCUAUCGGACCCAAUCGGUUCGUUAUCUACUUCGAACAUCCUCUAGAUCUUAAGCACGCAAAGAGUGGGUGCCCAUGGAUACUGGAAAAGAAUGCGCUGCUCCUUCAAGAAUUAGAUCAGAAUUCUGACCCAACAACGACUGAUAUUAUAUGGAUGCCGAUUGUUGUGCGACUACAUCAUAUUCCCAUUGGCCAAAGGUCAGUUCUUGUGGCAACCCUAAUGGGAAAUAAAAUUGGCAGCACGGUGGAAGUUCUUAAUGCAAAUCAAUUGAGGACGGCUCAAUUUAUAAGAGUGAAGGUUACAAUCGACGUCAUGAAAAGUUUGAAAAGGGGGAUGUAUCUCCAUACAGUAGACGGAUCGAAGACAUGGAUUUCGUUUACCUACGAACGACUUCCAAAUUUUUGUUUCUUGUGUGGAGUACUAGGCCAUGGAGAAAACCGGUGCCCGACACGAUAUGAAGAGAAUUUUGUUGACCCAGGAACGGAUCUACCGUAUGGCACAUGGUUACGGGCCUCAACACUGAGGGAUGGAGAGCACACUAGGUUACCUUUACAACCUCUGCCCACCAAUCGAAUGGAAAGCCCAAUGGGGAACAAUGAAGUCUUGAGAGGAGGAAAUAUAUUUAGUUUCUCAGGCUGCAAAGUGAAUUCCAACGUGCAACCUUCGCAAAGUGAUGGGAGUGAAAAUAUCAGGCCCGCAAUUAUAGAUGGCUCAAUGCUGGUGGAUAAUGUUAUAGAGAUCAAUGCGAUGCCAUACGGGGCUGCGUUGCCUCGUAAACAGAUAACGGUCCAGAAAAAUAACCGAAAAAAGAAAGCGGAUGGUCCAAUGGAUUCCGAGAAAGACAGAUUGAACAAGAAGAUGCAAUUAUCCCUACGUGAUGAAGAUGUAAACUCAACGGCGGAGACUGCGGAAUUGUCAAGGGUUGGGGGUUCCCUUGACAAUUCAUACUCUCGGACACUUGCUCCGGCUACAUAACCCCCAACUGGUGUU